ACUAAACCCCCCGAAGCAAGCGUCGCUCGCACCGCCGUCUUCUCCUCCUCCAGCGCGCGCGCCCGCGCCGCCGAACCGCCGGCCUCCGUCCAGGCUUCCACCGGAGGGCGCGAGCCGCAGCGAAGAAACUCCUUCCCUCCUCCUCUCUUCGUCGUGGUCUUCCUCCGCUCUAUAGCCGCUUACCUACUGGUUCUUCUUCUUAUUCAACGGGCCACGUCCUCGGUUUCCUCGGUUUUGGAGCCAUUGGACUUGCAAUCCAAGUGUGGGUGCAGUUUAUUUGGCAGAAAACUGAGUUAAAACCUCAUGGGCGACAGUAUGGCCUCCCCUGCGGUAGAACCCAAGCGAGAGCAAAAUUUUCUAGUGAGGGUGGGGAUGGAUGCCUGGACUCAGCCAUUCGCGGUUUCCCACAAGGUCAGGUUGGUUCACAUCCUCAAGAAUCUCCACACCUCGGAGGUGAAAAUCUACUCGGACGCGUCCAAGGAGUUCAUUAAGCUACUGGAUGGUGAGUCCGGUGGGGAGGUGCUACGGGAGUACGUGCAGCAGUCACCGCAGCUCGGGGAGCUGGUCGAGGCGUGGAGGCUCCACCGGGAGAAGCCGGGAGUGGCGUACAUACUUUCGCUCUUUGCGACAGUCCUGGGUCACCCUGAUGGUAAGCUGCGGCAACAUGGUUUGGUUAAGAAGAGUCUGGAUGGCGUUGCGAGGAUGAUACUGGAGGAUAAGGAGAAGAUGGGGGAUGUGUUUCUGGAGCUGAACAGUGGCGAGUUCCGGCGGCAGAAUGCUGCGCUGGAUUUGCUGGCUGCAAUCGUCAGGCGUGGUGGGGGUUUGGCGUCAGAGGUCGCUGAGAGAUUUGAUUUUAAGAUGGCUAUUUUGCCGCAGCUUGCAGGAACAAUGAAGAAGAAAGGAAGCAGAGAUGGUGGGAAACGGCAGAAGGGUGCUGAAUCUGGGUCCACAAGGCGGUCAUUUAUUGGGUUUGCCAUGUCGUUUUUAGAGGUUGGGAACCCAAGGCAGCUAAGAUGGGUCCUUCAACAGAAGGAGGUAUACUCAGGGGUGCUUCGUGGGAUCGGGAAUGACGAUGCCGAGACUGUCAUGUACAUCCUCUCAACUUUGCGAGAUAAUGUCCUGAUAGAGGAGUCACUUGUGCCACCAGGGCUCAGAAGCGUCCUCUUUGGAAGUGCCACAUUGGAGCAGCUGACCUUGAUUUCAGGGAAUCAGGAUGCAGGAGAAGCAGCUGACAUUGCUCAUGAGGUAUUGGUCAUGGUCUGCACUGAUCCGAAAAAUGGAUUGAUGCCAGGAUCAAACUUGAGAGGUAAUGAGAAACGCUUGCUGGAUCUCAUGAAAAAGUUGAAAGCUACUGAGGUUGCUCACCACAAAAAAUUGUUACUGGCCAUUGUGAGUAAGAGGCUGUCUCUAUGUUCGGCCUACAUGAAUGAGUUCCCUUACAAUAUCGAGCCACGGUCAUCUCCUUCAUGGUUUGCGGCCAUCUCCCUUGCAGCUGAUGUUAUAGCUUCAGCAAAAUGUGAUAGCAUUGUUCAUACUCUUUCAUCCAAUUCACAUGGUCUGGUAUCUGUAGAUGAUGAAGAAGUUCAGGUAAUCUUGAAGUGCAUUGUGCCCAACGUAUGCUCUCGAGCAGUGAUAAAUAGGGGGUUGCUGCAUUCUGAUGAUCUUGUGAAGCAUGGUUCACUGAGGCUUGUUUUUGAGUCAGUUAACCUGUUAUGCUAUAUUAUCGAAGCCCUCAAUGUCAUGGUAUCAAGAGGGAGAGCAAAGUCAGAAUUCAUUGGCUCACCGAAAGUAACCAUCAAAAUAGAUGAUUUGCCUGUAUUAAGCUGUUCUGAUGCUGCAGAUGCAUCCUUAGUUGAUGAGGUUCACCAGGGUGAUGAAACGCAGGUCAAGAGGUGGGCAUCUCUAAGAGAAUACAUCCAAGAUGAAGUUCACGGAGCUAUGCCUGAUCCUCAAGUCCUUCUCAAGUUACUCUCUUCUGCCAGUCAGAAACAUCAGAAAAAUGCUCACAUUUCUGAGCCGCCUCAAAAGAAACGAAGAUGCAAUUCUUCCAGUGAGGUCGAUGAUAUUAUUAUUGGUGGGAUUGAUGCUGCACAGGAUAAGGACACAUCUGAAGAGCAAGACCUGGAGUUGAAAAAUGAUCCCACAACCAUCUUGUGUGAGAUAUGGGGCUUAGAUAAACAAGAUCCGAACAUGAAAGAUGCAAAAGUUGUAGAAGAUGUCUUCCACUCAAAGUUGCUGGAUGUUCUCAGGCUUUAUUUGAGGGUGAUGCCUAGCUCUUUUGAUGGAUCGUAUGAUUUCUUUAGGAUUAUACCACCUAACCCAUUGGAUCUAUCCAUGGAUGAACAACAGUCCUUAUUAUCUCUUUUACUCGAGUAUUCAGGCCAAUCUGGAGGAUGUUGGAACCUAGAGAGAGUUCCAGAGUCAAUGUACAAGUAUCUACAACCCUUGUUUUACAUCAUGUUGUAUUCACAAAAUAAGAACAUCCGUGAUCAAGCAUACAUCUUAGUCAAAGCUGCUAUGGUGAGUUCUGGUGCGUUUGAUCAGGACUUCACGGAGAUUGAUGCAUGGUUGGUUUUCUUGCCUGGUUAUGUGGCCAAAUGGUGUGUAAGAGAGAACCGAAGAGUUGGAGCACCUAAUAAAUUGUCGCACAUUGUGAUUCCAUUACUCUGUGAUGCUGUUUCAGUAGUUGGUAACAACUUGUACAAAUACCAAGAGCACACACGCAAACUUAUCUCUAAAUCAGGCCAGUUUGAAGGCACUCCAGCUUUCAGCCCUCUGAUUAUUUGUGUUCUUCAGAAAUGCCUUAGGCUACUUGACUCAGAGUCUGGAAGUAUGAAAUUACACGAGAAGUCCACUAUUUCAUUGUAUGUGUGCAACACGAUCCACCUUAUUCUGCAGUCUCAGGUGGAUGUUCAAUUAUUGUCUGAUCUUAUAGGUGCUGUUCUAAAUGAGAGAUUUGAUAAAUUUUCAUCUGAAGAAAUGAAAUCUUCUAUUUAUCUUGCUGAAUGGAGGCCAUUAACAACUAUGCUGCAUUUCUUGAAGAGAUUUUCCAGCCAGCACACUUAUAGCCUGUUCACCACGGUGGAACAUUCUUCUGAGUUUGAUGGUAACUCGUUGUGCUCUGUAUCUAGAAAGGUUGAAGAAAUGUUGAAUCAAGAACAAACUAAUUCGCCAGAUGAUGUGGCAACUGCAUUCUUAUUUUCAAUCAUAUGUGCACCUCCAAAAGAUAUUAUCAGUGACUUUCCAGAUCUUCUUGAUGUUGUGAAAACACAUUUACCAUCUCAUCUUGCUUUCCUCUCGUCGGUUCUUUUUCUGCAACAUGAUUAUCUAGCUAAAGUUGCUAGUUGUUGGCCAGAUAUAUUCUUCAGCAGCAUCAGACUGUUCAAGGAUGAUCUGAACGUUGACCAUGUAAACACUGUUGAGGACAAAUGGCAAAACCUCCCUGUUUCUACAGAAUCAGCUCCCCUGAGUACAUUUUUAAGUGUCAGUCCCUUCUGUGCGCUUUUACCUUCAGUAUUGAGCCUUGCAUUUUCUGUGCCAGAUGAAAUCAGGGAAGCAAAUAAGGAUGCACUUCUAAGACUUCUUCAAGUUAAGUUGUCUGAAUGUACUUUCAGUGAAGUUACCUUGUACCUGAGAGUCAUCUUGUUCUGGAGUCAUCACCUGCUGUCGUCAUAUACCAUUGAAUCUUCAAAUAUUCUUGAACAACUAUGCCAUUUGUGCUUUGCUCUUGUUGAUCGAGUAUUUGAGUGUAUUCAAGUUUUGACUGCUGACAGACAGUCAAAAUCCGCAGACCUGUCCUAUCCAGUUCAACAUAUCCAAGACAUUGUUGAUUCUGUUCUUCACCAUCCUAUAAUUGCACUGUCUUUGUCACGCUCUUUAUCCAAUUGCCAGAGUUUAUCAGAUGGGAGUUUGGAAUAUCUGGAAGAAGCUUUGGUUGUUUUUUCAAAGGAAAAUCUGCACCUUUUAGAUCGUUUUGUUUUAAACCUUUUGGGUAAACUGUAUGAUCUUUUACUAAUGGUUCGUAGCUUUGAAGCUAACUACUCUAGAGAUGAUGGCCCGUCCCAUGAGUCACUGUUUGCUGCUCCAAAUCUUCUGCUGGAGAACAUACUGUUGUUGUUAAAGGAGAAGUUUGAGCUGUGCAUGGACAAAGUGAACUUUGGACUGCUUUUGCCAAAUUUCAACAUGGUUCGUGCACUGUCCAAAUUCUUUUCUCCUGUCAAACUCCUGGACCUUGCAAAUUGGAUGUUCACAAAAUUGGGCGGUUGCAGCUCCAGUUGUUCACCUGCUUUUGUUCCUGCUGCUUUGAUGUGUCUAUAUAUCAUUGAUGUUGCCAUGGAAAUGAUGUGCUGUUAUCUACAAAAAACUGACCAGAGAUCAGAAUCAUAUUUACUAUGGGACUUGGAGAUUCAUACCACCACCAUUCAUCAAGCUUAUCACAUUGUUCUUCAUUUUGCUACUAAAUGGAAUCUUGAAUUUGCUGAUCAUUGCUUGCUGAAGAUGCUGGGUCGUAUCCAUCACGCAGAAAGAUAUGCAAGAUGGAGCACUGACUAUGUUGCGUUCCAUAUCAUAUUAUCUACAUUGGCGAUCAGUACUCCCAUUGACGUUCUUCAUCACUGCAUCUUGCCCAUAUCUAAGGUUAAAGCAAAAGCCUUACUGUUGCUUUUGGAAGCAAGUCCAAUGCAUAUGAAGCUUUUUGGCAAUAUAUUCUUGGAAAUUUUAGAAAAAGACAAUUCUGUUCUGCAAGUCAAGGAUUCUGAUUCUAAUGCUUCAUGGGCUCAAAAAGAUGGUGCUAUACUUCUAUUGCCUGCUGCUUUAUCAUGCUUGAAGUAUCACAGUGAUGACAAUGGGCGGUGUGCUGAAUUCCUUGAGCCAGUUCCAAUCUUUUAUUCUGAACUCCUGUUAUGUGAUAAAGGGUUUUCAAGCUGGAAAAGUUUUGUUACCAGAAGCAUUUUUGAGGAAGAUUUUAGCGAUUUUAUACCCACAUCAGUUAAAGAUAUAAUGGUUUAUUUCAGUGGCACUCUCUUGGGGAAAUCAGUUACGUUGUUGCACUACUACUUUGCUUCAAAAGAGAUGUCGAGGAAGCAACACUUGGAAAUAGUUAAUUCAAUAUUUCUAGAGUCAUCUGAGCUAUUAGAUUCUGAUGUUAAUGAUAUUAAUCUGACUUCCUGCACGGGCAUUAUGAAGGUUACUAAUGAACUGUUUGCGAAGAUAUCACUAAUUAGACUGUUGUUAUCUCCUAGAAAAUUAUUGUUCAGUGAAGUAACUUCAGAGAGGGAGUCCAAGAGAUUGCACAAAGCAAAGCUAAAUUUCAUUAGCAUAUUGGCCAGAACUAUGGAUAAAAUACUCAUGAAUUUCCCUUCGAGUGACAAUAUCUUAUCACACUCUGCUAAGGAACAAAAGGUUAUCUGUUUUCUGGAAUAUGUAAUUCUCAAGAAUAUCAUCGAACUGUCUUCAGAGAUUCAAAGUCAUCUAAACCACUUGAAGUCAAUACCAUUCCUUAGCCAAUUCAUUAGAUCAUCCCUCCUGCACAGAUUCAAUGAUCCUGUUGCAAUAAAAGCAAUUCGAUGUAUCCUUGUUGUGCUACCACAAGGAAAGUUCUCUGCUGAUGAAAUUCUUGAACUUAUACUGGGUCACUCCAAUUUUGUUUCGACAAUAACGUGCAGUGGAGUUUCUGAAUAUCGAUCUGCUUGUAACCCUACAGGGGGGAUGCUACAGCCAGCUCCAAGCAUUUUGAAAUUAGUUGAUUCUUCUUUCAUGGAAGAAAACAAACCACAACUUUGUAUUGCAGAAAAGAGAAGAGUUGAAAUCAUCAGAUUACUAAGGGUACUGUAUGAUAUUAAGAGCAGGCAGCAGAAUAAUAGUCAAUUGAAUGAAACAAGAGAAUUGGUUUUCUUGCUUUUGUCUAUUUAUGGUGCAACUCUUAGUGAAACAGAUUUGGAGAUACUUCAUCUUAUGAAUGAGAUAGAAUCACCUGAAUGCAGAACCAUUACUGAAGUGGACCAUCUAUGGGGAUCUGCAGCUCUGAAAUUCAGAGAAGAACUGAAACUGGAUUUUUCAAAAUCAGACACACACAACAUAGAGAAUGCAGAAAUUACUGAAAGGCGAAGGGCGCUGUUUCGGGAGAACAUACCAGUUGAUUCCAAGCUCUGCGCAAAGACAGCUUUGCUAUUUUGUUAUAAACGAUCUUCAAGGGCUUCUGCUUUCUCACUGGAACAGCUUCAACAGGAGAGCUUUGCCGAUAGCUUCGAGGUAACAUCUCAAAGAAUGGAUCUUCAGAUUUAUGAUCCUAUUUUUAUCUUGCGGUUCUCAAUUCAUACUCUCCUCAUGGGUUACAUUGAGCCUGCUGAAUUUGCCCGACUAGGGUUGCUUGCAGUAACACUUGUUAGUAUAGCAUCUCCUGAUCAAGAAUUAAGGAUGCUGGGCUAUGAAUGCUUAGGAACAUUCAAAAAAUCCCUUGAGACUUCUCAGAGAAGCAAGGAAACAUGGCAGCUUCAGCUCCUUUUAACAUAUCUUCAGAAUGGGAUAUCCGAACAGUGGCAGAGGAUUCCUUCCAUUAUUGCUGUCUUUGCUGCAGAAGCAUCUUUGACACUGCUGGAUAGCUCACAUGCUCAAUUCACUGCCAUUAGCAAUUUUUUAAUGAAUUCUACCACUGUCAGCAUGCAGAGCAUUCCGUUAUUUCCAACUUUAUUGCAGAGUAGUUCAGUUCAUUUUAAAGCUGAGCGCUUGUGGAUGCUUCGGUUAUUAUCUGCUGGAUCAAACUUAGCUGAUGAUGCCAAAAUAUACAAGAGAGGAAGAGUCUUAGGGCUUGCUCUUGCGUUCUGUUCUUCACCUGUUUCAGAUUCUGAAUCAAAGGUUUUAGUCCUUAAGGUGCUGAAGAAGUGUGUGAAGCUGCCAGAUCUAGCUCAUCAUCUAGUAAAAGAGUCUGGCCUUCUGUUGUGGUUAUCCUCUGUUAUGUCAAUCUUUAGUGGAGGAUCUGAUGGUACCGAAAGCUCUUGUUCUAGAGUAACUGAGUUGACGUUGGAGGUAGUCAAUGAUUUGAUAUCAUCAAGACUAAUUACAGACUGGCUCCAAGAAACUGCCCUUGAGCAACUCUCGGCAAUAUCAUCACACCUUUGUGUCCUUCUAAUUAACAAUGCCAAAUUAUUGAAAGGAAAUGUUCCCUUGUUGACUUCAAUGCUUAGUGUGAUUACAUCAACAAUGAGGUUGUCUAUGAAAAGGAAGAUAUACCAACCGCAUUUUACCUUCUCCCUCCAUGGUUUAUUUAAUCUGUGCCAAGCUACUGGUGGUAGCUCAAGAAGUGCAGAGCAUAAGCUUGCAAUGGAACUUGGUAUCGAUGCCAUACUUAUGAAUGGACCUAUGCCAAUUUUAUCUGAAGUGGAUAAGUCGAGGAUAUCAAUGGUUGUUUCUUGGGCAAUUUCAAACAUCUUCUGGUUGUACCCUAUCCAAAGGUCUCUGUUUGAAACAUCCUCCAAAGAGACACCUAUAAAUGAGUCUCCACUUUCAAAGCUUUUGCGAUUGUUAGUGGCUUCUGUUAUACUUGGGAGGAUAUCCAGCAUCUCUCAUGGAAAGAGUGGAGAUCUUGCUCGGAGCACUAGCAGUCUUGGAACUCUUCAUUCUUUCUUGAACGAUGCAUAUGAAAGGGUUGAAACAGUGGAGAGUUGCAUGGGAAAUGAAAUGCUAGCUGUCAUUAUACUGUACCUUCAAGACCAUGUGCAGAGGAACAGUGAUUCUUUGCCAUCAGUUGUGAUGGCGCUUUGCUUGUUGCUUCUUAACAGAUCCAGUAAGCAAGUGAACAAGCACCUGGCCAACAACCGUGGAAAAAUUGAAAUGCUUUGCUCAAAGAUACGCUGUCCUGCUGAAUCUAAUCCUUCGUGGAGAUGGCAUUACUAUCAACCCUGGAAGGACCCUGCUGCGCCGCGCACCGAGAUGGAGCGCAUGGAAGAAGAGCAGGCCUGCCAAAGCCUCCUUAUCCUAUUUUCUAAUGCUUUCAGUACCUGCCGGUCAGAAUUUCAGGUAUUGUCACUGGAUGAUGUUGAGAAGUCUGGGCUGUUCCAGUGGGAAAGAGAGUCCAUGGUUAAACAUCAACAUUGCGCUUAGUUUGCUGAAGUGAGACGGGCCUAACACUGGUACAACCCACAUUUGCCAUGCGUGCAACUCAUUCAAGUGUUGGUGUUUAUAGGAAUGCUUGGUACUCAGUUGGAUCACAUAGAGUUCCAUUCACAGAGCGUGACGGGGCUGCCGAACGCAGUUCCACAAUUUUGUCUGACAUUCACUGUUCUCCUUUCAAUUGUAUAGGGUUUCUACUGUUGUACAUGUCUUGGCAAACAAAGUGGUGCUGCUGCAGUGCUGUUUUUCCUGUGUAGUAACAGAUCGAAAUCGAAACCCAUGUCUGCAGA